AAAUUUAAUAAAAAAAAAAUUAAAACUGAGUAUAAUUAAAAAAAAAAAAAAAAAAAAUGGCAAACAGUGUCGUAAGGUGUCUAGUAAAAAAUUUACUAAAAAUUAACCCCAAAUCCAGCAUCAGGAUUGCUACCAUUCAAACAUCAACAAUAAUAAAUAAUAAUCGUAAACAAAGCACAUCAACAGAUUCAACAAAAUUGUUACCGCCAGCCCUGGACCCAGAUUACCACGACAUCAAAGGAUUUAGGCAGUUCCUGGACGACCAUCAUAUGGGGCCCAAAGCAGCCUAUGUGCUGAUGAAAGUCGCCAGAGUUCCCAGAAACACUGCCCAGGAAGUUGUCAAAGACUUUACGUUAUUCAAAAAGCUGUCAAAAAAUGAUAUUGUCAAAAAUUACGCGGCUUUACUUGCAGCCGGUCUUACCAGCGAGGAGAUUAAAAAACAUCCUUAUGUGCUAGCUGAUACUCCAGAUGACUUGGCCUUGAAAAUUACGAUGUUCAAUCAGAUGAAGCUGGAUUUAAAUGACGGUAUCAGGCUAUUCCAAAUUCCAGCUCGCAGGUUUUCGCGCUAUUUGGUUGUCGUCAGCGAUGACAAGAAAAUUAUUCCUGAGUUCAACAGCCGGAUUGAAUAUUUGGCCAAUCAACUUGAGACCACUCCUAAAGAAAUAUGUGACAGAUUACCGAGUCGCAGUCAGGUUUUUGGAGUUCCAAUGGAAAGAAUAGUCAGUCUUACAAAAAUUUUUCUAGAUGGCGGUAUGCCGAAGAGUACAUUAAAAGAAUAUUUACAUCUUUACGCGCUUGAUUACUCGAGAUCUAUCAACAGGGCUGCAACGACAAGAGAAUUAGGAAUUACUCCGCUUACACCAUGGUUUGUUCGAUGUCCAGACGAAAAAUUUGAAGAAUAUGUCACAAAGUAUAAAGAAAAAAAAAAUAUUGAAAAACCUUAUGAAAAUAUUAAUGACUACGUGAUGACUCUCUUCAAAUGCAAUGCAUCGGAUAUCGAAAGUCUCUACAGACGAGAUCCUCGUCUGCGUAAGAUGAACAAGAAAAUUUUGACCGACAUGUUUAAAUUUUUACACCAACUGGGUUAUACUUUCGAAGAGCUAUUUAUAUCUCCUCGAUGUUUUCAUUGCUCACCAGAAAAUCUCCGUGAAAAAUACGAUUUAUGGAUGGAGAAUGACUUGGGGCGACCUCCUUUGGUCGUUAUCUCUUCCUCGACUGGGUUGUUCCAAAAGUGGCUGAAAAAAAGGACCAAAAAAGAAAUCGUCCAGUCUUCUCCAACAUAACUUAUGUUUAUUUCUUUAAAAUAAAUUCAUUUAUCAACAUUUUAAA